GUGUAACUCACUGUGGAAUUUUCAACAUCACAGAUGAAGUUAUGGAAAAGAGACAGAAGAGGAGUGACAACCUAGAUGGCCUGUUUUGGCGUACAGCCUCCGCUCUCCCAAACCACACAGCCAUCCUGUAUUUCAGAGGGCGUGAAAGCACCAGUGUCAAGAAUCAAGAAGUCACAUGGGCCUGGUGAUCUCACGGGCAACGAUCAGGAGCCGCGGCGAGAGGAUUACAAGGUUGAGUGGAGACCAACAUCACGCCGCGGAUCACCAGAACAUUCUCUCUCUCUGCUGUGAAGGAGUGGUAGUGGCGGCGGCGGUGAAGGUGCUGGUGCUGCAGGAGGACGGGGUGAUGACCAAUCAGUCGUGGGCACAGAGCUCCGUCACCACCACGCCUUCGCCCUCCGCCUCCGCCUGCAUCAGAUUCAAGGUUUUCUUUUUCCGCCCUCUCACCCACGUGUUCUCCCUCACAUCGAAGGAACAAAGCAGGGAGAUUAACGGAGAGAUCUUCGUGGACUACGUGCGGCCCAUCGUGUCCGCCGCCUUCUACUUCCUGGGCAUCUCGCAGCCGCUGCAGGUGCUCACGUGGUACCACUACUGCCUCACCUACAACCACACGGCGGCGCAGAUCUCCGCCUACCUGGACGGUGACCUGCAGGGCGUCAUCUCCAGGAACACGUCCAGGUGGUUCUCCGAGGCCACGCUGGUGCUGGGCCAGUACAGCCUCGAGUACCUGAGCAGCUACACGGAACGGCGCAGCUUCAGCGGACAGCUGACGCACGCCGGGGUGUGGGGCCGCACCCUGACGGGCUCAGAAGUGGCUCAGAUGGCGGACUGCGGUCCCUUCCCUCCCGGCGUCUCCAUCAGUUUGGAUCAAGAGUGGAUCCUCAACAACGCCUCUUUCGUUGACCUGCCGGAGGCAGAAAUCUGCGAGAAGAAGACCAAGUCCAGUUACGUCAAAUUCAUGGCGAUGCCAUAUGAGGCGGCACGUGUGGCGUGUGCUGGCCUUGGGGGACACCUACCCGUGCCUGACAGCCUGCAGCACGCCCUUGAAAUUAUCGACGUGAUGAGCAAGCCACCCGUAGUGAAAAUCAUGUGGGUUGGAGCUACAGACCAUUUACAGGAAGGUGUGUACGUGAAGGCCCACAACGAGGAGGUGAUGGAGUGGUUCAAAUGGGGUAGUAAUGAUCCCAACGGCCUGCAGUGGCAGAACUGUCUAGUGAUGGAGCCAGACUUUCUGCACGAUUACCCAUGUCACGUGAAUCGCGAAGCGCUGUGUUUCCUUGCGGAACAAAGAGAGUGGACGCUGAAGGGUCCGUGUGAGGAGGACACCGCCAACUACAAGUACAGCCUGACACACCCGGACAAGGGCCAGCUCGUGUUCCGCGGCUACUACCAGUACGAGAUCGCGGAGGAGGGGGAGGCGUGGUUGUGGAAGAACGUGAUCACGGACACGGUUAUCGCGCGCCUGUCCUUCGCGGAGGCGCGGUGGCCCAUGGGUCGCCGGAACUGGACCAUGGAGAGCGAGGUGUGCGAGAAGAAGGGCGUGCAGGUGUUGCAGCUGAGCUCGUGCACGGGAGAGGAGUACACGUGCAGGGACGGCUCGUGCAUCCCGCGACUGCAGCGCUGCGACCGCCGCCCGGACUGCCACGACGAGAGCGACGAGCAGGAGUGCCAGCUGGUGCGGCGCCCAGCCGGCUACCACCACACCCUACCGCCACCCAGCACCGUGGCAGGCUCUCCUUUGGUGGUCGGCCUGAAGAUGAAGCUGGUGAGUCUCCUGAGUGACAAGGACAGCUACCUGGAGGUCACCUACCACCUCAACAUGACCUGGAUUGAUCUCAGGCUGCGCUUUUACAACCUGAAGACUGCCUCCAGACUCAACCAGGUGCCCGUCACUGACCACGGCAGCCUGUGGACACCUACACUCACGCUGAUCAACGUGCGGGGGACGGAGAGGACGAGGGUGGAUGACGAGGCUGUGCUCACUGUGCACCGGCGAGGUCAUCCCCUGGACGAUGACCUCUCGGUGCCUGAGGACGCGGACGUUUACCUGGGUGUGGAUAAUCACCUGAGCGUGGAGAGGAAAUACACCUCCAAUUUCCUGUGUGAUCUUAACCUGGAGCUGUACCCGUUCGAUACCCAGAGAUGUUACAUGGAGAUGGAGGUGCUGUCAGCAGCCACGGACUUCGUGAAGCUGGAGGAGAGAGUAUCUGACGUGACGUACGUUGGCGCCGAGCUGCUCAUUGAGUACACGGUGGUGAGCGUGGACCUGACGGUGAACAACAGCUACACGAUGGCGCAGGCUGAGGUGAAGGUGGUGCUGCAGCGGCGCGUCGGCUACCCCAUCAUCUCCAUCUAUGUGCCCACCGUCAUCCUUCUCAUCCUGGCUUACCUCUCCCUUGUCUUCCGGCGUGACAACUUCGAGACCCGUGUGAUGUCCUCCCUGACGGUGCUGCUCGUGCUCGCCGCGCUCUUCACACAGACGUCCACGUCCCUGCCUAAGACGUCAUACUUCAAGAUGGUGGACGUGUGGCUGCUGUUUUCCAUCUCGGUCAUCUUCUUCGUGAUCGUCUUCCACGUGAUUAUCGAUAUGGCCGCGGAGGGAAAGCUGACCGGAGACUUUUCCAGCAUCCCCACCACUGUCAAAGUGAUUCCCCUUGAAAUUAAUGAAAAAUUGUCUUCCCCGCCUUUCAGCCCACCCACACGCCCCGAGCCACGUCGGAUGAUGCUCAAUAGAUUACUGUCCGCCGGGGGGAACAGUCCUGACGAGAGGAAACGCCUUCUUUCCGAUAAACUGUUCCGACAAGCGCUAAUCUUCAUUCCAUCUUACUUCAUGCUCUUCAACGUCAUUUACUGGAUCUAUAUCUUCGCCUGAACGCCUCGCUCUUUGCCUGACUUCCACCCUCCGGACACUUAGGCGGACACUUAGGUCCCCUUCCCUUAUCUCUUAUCUCUUAUUCCUUAUCACUUAUCCGUUAUACCUGUUUAUGUUUUCUUUUCGCCAGUCCCGCCACAGAUUCUUUGGAACGAACCGACGCGAUGCCGACGACUGAUUCGAGACUGAAAAUAUUCGUCUUGUGAAACUCAUAAUUGCGUUUAAAAGUUAUGUGCAAUUCUAAUUCGUUAAUCUUUCUCACUCGCUGCAGUUACAAAUAAAUAAUUUUCUUGUCAUCUUUUAUGAGAAAUUCCAUUUGUAUAAGUUUGUUUUUCGUUAACAUUGAAAAAAUGUAUAUUUGUGAUUCACAUGAUUUUUUUUCCUAUUUCAUCAUUACUCAUAAAUGAGUGUAGUUAUCGAUAAAAUAUUGUCUGCUACUCUCCUCUUUAAAGUAUUCUUAACCUACCGACAGAGGGCGACGUUAG